AUGUCAGCCUAUCCCUCCAUCCACCCUCGUUUCGACCAAGAGAACCGCGGGAACCUUCUCCUGAUGGCCAACUGGGGAUCCCACUCGGAACAUGGCUCUCGACCCGUAUGCAAGAACAGUCUGAGUCAGCAAGAGUCCGAAGCGGAGUGGUUCAUGCGGGCCAUCAGCGACAUUCAAACUGCCGACGAGACUGUCAUGACCGAGGAUACCUACUAUCUUUCACCUGCUUCGGACCACAGCGAGCCCUCGGAAUCCACGUCUUCGAACUCGGCGGAGGAAGAAGAUCUCCCGAUCGGAACAUGUUUGAAAGCUCUGCCUCGCAAUCGCUCAAGCAUGAUAUCGAAUACGUCGCACACCAAAUUGACGCUGGCGAAGAAGCUCGAGAUCAUCGAGUACUACCAGAAGUAUGCCUGUACACAAGCGCACGUAUCAACUGUCUUCGGGAAGAGCACCUCCGCGAUAUCCAAACUGCUACAGCCUGAAAACAUCAAGCGCUUGAAGAAGUUGGCUGAAGCUGGUGUGACCUCGAACAUGAAGCGCUGCUCUGCGAUCCAUCAUCCAGAGCUUGAAGGCCGCGUGCACGAAUUCGUGAAGUCAUUGGAAAAGAAUGAUGCGCAUUGCAUCAGCAAGCUCUGCGAGUUUGCGCUGUCGACAGCCAAGGAGCUCAACAUUGAGAAAUUCAAUCCGAAUAGAAGAUGGUGCCAUCGCUUCCUCAAGCGGCAUGGCUUCAGUUUGUCCAAAAUCCGAUGCGUUAAAGCUGAGCUCCGGUGA